CCCUGGGCAACAAGAGGAUUUACAGGAGGAAUUUCACCUCUGCCUCUUCCUUCCAUCAUGGCAGAAAAGGUUCCUCACUGGCACAGCUAUCUUCAAGUGAUUCAGUCCCGUGAAUGCCAGAGAGUACAGCAUUUUCAGAAGGCAGAAAACAUUUUGUUUAUUGUACUGGAAAGAGUCAAGACAAUGGACCCCAGGUUUAUAGUGGAUUAUUCCAGAAACUUGGAAGCCUUGGAAUUUUCCCUCUCAGCUGCAGAAGAUGAAGUCACCAUGGAGGUUCCCUUAUGGGUCAAUGCUGAUGUUCUCCUGAUGCAGGCAUGUACAGAUGAACAAAGUGACUCUGAGAAGGUUACUCAUAGGAACUACCAGAUGCCAGGACCAUGCUCUUUGGGGGUACCCAAGCAAGAAACCAACCUAGAAAACUGGACCAAAGAAGAUGUGUUCAGUGCUGUGGAUGGUGCUGAUUUCAGGGGACACAUUGUGCCAGGCAAAGUCCUUCAUCUCCUGAAAGAACUGAUAGUUGCUGCCAUUGUUCACUGCAAGCACCAGAACCUUAUUAAGCCAGGUGAACUCAGUGCUGAGAGGCUAAAGGAGGAUGGCAUGCAGCUGCCUUUGCUGGUGUCCAGUGAUUGGAAAAUGAUCUGCUUCAACAUUGUCCCUGUAAUGAGGAGAAAGCAGGAUGCCCUGAACAACUGGCAAGAAAGAGGUUUUCCACAAGGCAGUCUGAGCAAAGUCACUCAAGAAGCUGAUUUCAUCCCUGCCAGUUACUACCACUGGAGGUACUCCACCAAUCGUUCCAUCUUGAAACUUGUUCAAAUUGUAAGCACCCUAAAGGGAUAUCGUCUAGACAGCCUCUCCCUUCUUGACCAAAUCAACCAUGAGAACUGGAGAGAGAAAGGGAAGGAAAAAGGGCUCACAUUUCAACAUUUGAAGAUGUUAUUGCUCUGGGCUACUCAUUUUUUCCCUUCCUCUGAAGACUGGCUGAGUCUGGAAGGAUCAGUAUAUCGUCUGCUGGUGAUCUUACUUUGCUGCUUGGUGACCAAAAAUCUUCCCCAUUUUUUAUACCCAGAGCAAAAUCUGUUCAAGGGUGAUGGUCUGGACCUAAGUGCUUUGUAUCCCAAAGUGGAAAGCUUUGCUCUAAGUCCUGAGCGUUUCCUAAAGUUUAAUUUUGCCCAAGGAGAAGGCAAGAAAUUCCAUCAGAAGGACAAUGGUCUCAGAGCUUUACUUCAUCUCCCAGCAGAAAACAGAGACUACUGGGAUACUGCCUUUUUUGAUAUGCUGCUUAAUAAGUUUCAGAUACAUCAGGUUAAAGACAAACAACGGAUUUCUGCUAUGUCAAGCAUCUUGUCAAAGGCUAAGAAAAUGGUCCAUAACCAGAGUUGA